AUGAAUGAAGCUGCUGUGGUGUGCAGAGAGAUGAACUGUGGAGAUCCUGUCAAGAUCUCAGAGUCAUUUGGUAAAGGUCGAGAUCUGAGAGGGUACGAGAUUCGCUGUAACGGCAGAGAGAGUUCUCUCACGCAGUGCACGUUUAGAGACCAUACCAGAUCUAUCACCGAUGGUACUGAAGAUGCCUCUGUGGUAUGCUCAGGAAACGUGAGAUUAACCGGUGGAUCCACUCGUUGUGAUGGAAGAGUAGAGAUUUAUGACAAAGGCCAGUGGGGGACUGUGUGUGCUGAAUCCUGGGACAUGAAUGAUGCAGCAGUGGUGUGCAGACAGUUGGAUUGUGGGAGUCCUCAUAAGCUUAUUCAACUUGGCCCUGGUACAGGACAGACCAGGAAUGAUCAAAUUGAAUGCAAUGGAAAGGAGCCUACAUUGAAUCAGUGUCCACAAAGACCAGGUCUGGACAGAACCUGUGACACAACUGUAGUUGCCGGUGUUUCCUGCACAGGGAGCUUGGCAGUGCGGUUGGUUAACAGUACUGAUGAGUGCUCUGGGAGAGUGGAGGUACGUCACGGCGAGCAGUGGCACGCAGUAUGUGACACAGACUGGACUCUAAGUAAAGCUGGAGUGGUGUGCGAGCUGCUGGAGUGUGGACGCGCCGUGAAUGCUCCUGGUGCUGCUUUUUUUGGCCAAGGCAGUGGGUCAGUGGUGGAGGCUAGCACUUCUUGUUUCCACAGCGUGACUUCUCUUCAAGAAUGCUCGGUGAAGGGUUUUACAAGAGAAGACUGUGGGCAUGAACAUGAUGCCGGUGUUCUCUGUGCUGCACAAGUCCGGUUGGUGGAUGGCUCAGUUGAAUGCUCCGGCAGAGUGGAGGUCUUCUAUAAAGGACAGUGGGGAACUGUGUGUGAUGACGAUUGGGAAAUGAGCGAUGCCGAUGUGGUAUGCAGACAGCUUGAUUGCGGUCAUGCCAUUUCAGCACCUCUAAGUGCCCAUUUUGGUAGAGGCUCUGGUCCAGUAUGGCUGGAUAAUGUGGCAUGCUCAGGCCAAGAGUCUGCACUUACUCAUUGUUCACACGAUGGAUUUGGAGAAAAUAACUGUGGGCAUGAUGAAGAUGCCAGCGUUAUCUGCUUAGGUGGUCAACAGAAGCCCAAAAUCACAAUAAGUCCUGCUGCAGAGGUUAAGUGGGGUGACAAAGUUGAAAUUACCUGCACGCUAGUAACAGAACGCAUGGGUGGGAGAUUUCUCCUGAAAAAAACCCAAGGGUCAUUUCAAAUGGAAAAAUUCUCAGAUCAUGCAUCUGCAACCUUUGUCUUCCCUAAAGUGGACUUUAGUCAGAAGGGUUCAUACUACUGUGAAUAUCAAAAGGUGUUGGCCAGUGAAGUCAUCUACUAUCCUCAAGGAAAUCCUGCUGACCUUUCCGUUGUAGGUCAGUAAUUUUGUGCAUUGUUUCCUCUGUUUUG